UAACACUAGAGCUGCCUCAGAAAACUUCUACCCGGUUAGCAUUUAUUAUAUAUAAACAAUUUUCAUUCUUUCGCAACUGUAAAGAAUACACCGCAAUGUACAGUAGGCCUUACUAGUGACAGGCACGAGAGAAAAUAGAAAAUUUAAGUCGGAAAACCUGGAAGGAAGAGAUCACUUGACAUACAUAGGCGCAGGUAGGAGGGUAAUAUUAAAUUAUAUCCGAAACAAAUUUCAUUUGGCGUUGUGUACUGGGUUUAUCUGACUUUGAUAGGCUUCAGUGACGACUAAAUUUAGAACACAGAAAUGAACCUUCCGAUCACAUAAGUGCUGUUGGUUUCUGUUCCCAGCAAUUAUUAGCUUAUCAAAAAGAAUUAAUUUGACGGGUUAGUGUAACGGUAACGCUGUUAACGUGUAUCUUGGAGGUGCUCGGUUCGAAGCCGGCUGGGAUACGACUGUUCUGAGUGAUGGUUGCAGUGGUUUCCUUCGGUCCCUACAAACAAAUACCGCCGUAUUACCACGAUUAAGCCACUAAGUUCCAUUCUUCCAUUCAGUGCUAUAUAAUAUAGCUACUGAUUGCGUAAUAAAAGUCCCUAUCCCAGGAGGCUCUGUUCUAUGGAGAUAACUUCUGAAGGAAAGUUGGCACCGCGUAAUGGCAAGUUUCGUCACCCGUCGAAGUGUUCCGAGCUCUUCAGUUUAGUUCGGUCUCUCCACGUGCAGUCGUUUGGGUUUGUGAAGUGCUCGAUGCGUGGCUGGAGUCGAAUGCGGUGCCUGCCUUCCCGGUUCGUGACAUUUGUGCAAUUGCUGCAGUCCCUCCCGUCAUGCUGGCUGCGACUUGGCGAACAUGGAGCGUUACGUCGCCCUGUGUCUCUGCGUGGAGGGCAACCGGUUUCAGCAUCUUCUGCAACCCUACGUUCCUCACGUCUACGAAGGUUCGUCGAUCAUCUCAACAAGAUCGUGAGUUUAGUCACGUUCCUGAAGGUACUCAACUUCCCACUGCUGCUGUGCAUGACAGGAUUCCAGAUGAUGCAGAAUUACGGGGACCAGAACCAGUUCCUCAAGUUCGCAUCUCUGUUCAUUGGAUCCAUAUUUUUAAUUGCGGGAUAUUGCUGGUUUGGUCAGCAAGUAAUUGACGAGAGUGAGAAGGUGCAGCUGGCGUUCUAUAGCACUGAAUGGUACAGCCAGACAGCGGGAUACAAAAGUCUGCUGCCUCUGGCCAUCAUGAGGGCCUCAAGACCGGUGACCGUGAAGGCUGGAGUUUUCUUUGACAUGUCUUUCCUAACUCUGGCUUCGUUGGUGAAUGCUUCUUAUAGAUUCAUGACAAUGCUUAUUCAACUGAACGACUCCUAAAACCGAGGAGAAGAAGCUGAAGAAUGCUUGAGUAGAAACAAUAAGCUGACAGUAGCAUUUCCAGUAUGUCACUAUGGGCAGUAAUACAUUGAAGUAGCAGUUAACGUAUUCAUACAGAGAAAUUUGCAGUGCUGUUUCAGAGAGUAUUCUUGGUGUUCGUGUUGCAUGCUUAUGUUAAUAUCACUACUAUUCACACAAAUCACUUCUGUCAGUUUCAGAACACAGUUCCACCUGGACAGAGCGUGUACAAUUAAUUGUAUUCCCGCACUCCCGUGUAUGUCUUUGGAUUCUCACAGACUUACAAUUGAAGUAGACUUAUGGCUGUAUUGACAGACAAAUUUGUAAUUGUAAAAUAAAUACAGAAAUUAAGAACAUCUGACUAUAAUACGUUUCUGGAUUUAAAUAGUUUACAUAAGGUGGUUUCAGUAGCUUGUAAAAUGUUUUAUGUCAUGUCAAGUGAUUCAUUUUAGAAUGGAAAUUAUAUAAAUAUUCUUAAUGUGAUA